CUUCGUGUUUCAGGACAACAGCUUUUUGCGGAUGCGGUGGAAAGUUAAGAUGGAGGAGGAGAAGAACCCUAAAUCGACGCCUGAGGCGAUCUCCGUCAGGAAAUCGAUAAAGAAGCAGUCCGAUUUCAACACUUAUCCGAUAUGGAAAGAAAAGUGGAGGGAGAGCUGCUUCAAGCGAGUCCGCGAAGAUAGAACGCGGUUGCUAUGGAAGAGUAGGGGGAAAUCACUGGACAAACAGGACCAGGAGUUGAUCAAAUCGGCAUUCCAGGGAAUAGUUUCUGAUGAGCUGAACAGACUCAGGAAACCGUCGUUAGUGGUUGAUGAUGAUGAGAAGACGCUAACGAGUGCUGAACUGGAUCUCGAUGGUGAUGGCGAGGGCGAUAUGCUGUGGGAGUACGAAGGUCUUCACGACGCAUACCAAGGGGAUCGGGAAGAGAUAUUGCUUGAAAUACAAAGGAUCUUUUAUGAAGAUAUCAGGGCAGAAUCGAACCCGAAAGAAUUAAAAUCCUGCAUCGAAGCAUGGGAAGAGGAAGAAGAUGAGUACUUGGCUCGUGCUGUUUAUGAGCACAUGCAAUUGAGUGACGAAGUGAGGAAGAAGAUCUGGUGCCCUGUAUGCAAACAAGGAGAGUUACUGGAGAAGCCAAAAGCCAUACACUGCACUCUCUGUGAACUUCAACUCAAUAAAUGUGACGAGGUUAAUCUGGACAUAUUGGAGUCUCGACUAGCUGAUGCCCACACAGAACAUUUUGAUCGAGGGUGUAGACAGAAACCUAAGUUCCAAAUCCAAACAAGAUUCGGAUUAACUGCAUUGUACCUAACUUGUCAGGACUGCAAUGUAUUCGACAUUGUAAUAUAGAAGUUUUUUUUGUUGCUGAAGACUAAUUGCUUGCUUGGCUGAGAUAUUUUCAGCUGCAUUGAGUUUUGCCUGUAUAGUGUUGGAUCGUUAAAGAAAAAUCUGCAGAUAACUUGCUAUCCAUCUAGUAGUCGAUAAACUCACAAGGAGAAUGUUGCAGAAAACUCGUAUCAGGACUCAGGAGACACUAAUGCAAUGUUCAACGAUCAAAUUGAG